AUGUCUGAAAAAAAGCAGGUAAAUCAGGAGGAUCUUGAGAAGGAAAUCUCACAAAUUGUUCAAGAUUUUCAGAAUAUUGUCGGAGAAAUCACAGAUACAACAAAUAUACGCCAAUUUACGAAUAUUUAUCGACAACUUCAUAGUCUUUUAAUGGAUAGCCAUGAUAAGAACAACAAACUAACAGCAACAGCUCAAGCAUUAAAUGCAGAAAUUAUCGCAAAUGCAACGAAAGUAUCUGCCCUAUUAAAAAUGAGUGAAGACGAUCAUAAAGCAAUAGAUAAAUACAAAGACGAAUUUGAGAAAGCUAGGAAGCUGGUUGUUUCAUCUCAAGAAAAAGAAAUGAAAUCUAAAGAGAUUUGCGAACAAAUGAAAACGCAAGUCGAUAAACUUGCAGCAGAAGUUCAUGAGCAAAGUGUUUCAGAGGCAAAAUACGCAGAUAUGAAAGUAGAUUUAACAAAUUUCAAAGAUGAACAACAGAGAAACGAAAAAGAAAUUAACGUAUUACAGCAAGAAAUCGAAAAACUCAAAGGUCUUAUUGCACAAUGCAAUGUUUCUCUUGAAUCUACAAGAACAGAAUCUCAAGCACUCGAAGAAUCCAUUGAAAUCGAAACUGCUGAGUUAGAUAAGCUGAAAGAAGCAAAAAUACAGUACUACAAUCAAAUAGAAAGCAAUAAAACUCAAAAUGAUCAAGCAACAGACGAAUCAAAUGGAAUUAUAAGGAAAAUUUCACAAACCAAAACGAAUAUUGAUGAACUCAGUAGAGAUCUCGAAUCACAACGUUCCAAACUCAAUGAAGCCAAGAACGAUUGUAAUAUAUCCGUAAUAAAAAAACGAGAUCGUCAAGCCAGUCUUGAUAUUGUUUUAAAUCAUCAAAAUCAAAUCACAGAAUCAAUAGAAAGAGUCAAAGACACAAUCAACUCUCAUCAGAGAACAAUUGAUUCCGAGAAAGUACGUGUUAAAGGCAUCGAUUCCGCCAUAGAAGAGUCAAAACAAAGUUUAUCCGAAAUCACAGAAUACAAAGACAAACUUUCAAAAGAAGUCAAACAAGCAGGCAGAGAAAAGAAGACCAACGUAGAUGAUAUCAUUAAUGUUACUCGUAACUAUACUAUACAAGACUCCAACAUCAAAACAGCAUCAAGGAAAGUCGAUUCCAAUCAAAGAAACAUUCAAAAUGUAAAACUAAAAAUUGACAUCGAAAAAGGGACAACAAAAGAACUUAGAGACAUGUCUAAUCUUGUUGAAAUACAAGUAAAUGGUGAGAAGAGAGAUAUUGAAGACUUAAACAGUUACGCGCAUUCUCUUGAACAAGAAGUGAAACUAUACAUGAAACAGGCAGGAGAAUCAAUUGUAAAUACUGUCAGAUUUACUGAUAAUUUAAAUAUGACACGUGCUGAAAUAGAGAGUAGUAAUUAUUUGUUGCAUUCCAUUGAGGUACAAUCUAAAGAUCAUGAAAAGAUCGUCCAGAACAUGAGAAAAGAAAGAGAUAUUAUAUCAAACCAAAUAAUUGGAAUUGAAAAAGAAAAUGAUGAACUUCACAAAAAAAUUGAUGGCCAACAUGAAGAAAUCCAAAAGCUGAAGAACUUGGCACAAGAGAAAACAUCUGAUUGUAUUAAAGAACACUUCAAAUCAAGAUCUCUUGAGAAACAAAAUAUUUCUUUGGCAGAAAUGGCCGAAUUAACAAAGAAAAUGACUCAAGAAAUGAAUUCUACAGUGAUUAAAUACAAAAGUGAAGCAACAAAACUGAAUUUGAUCAUCAUGGAAUCAGAAAAAGACAUAACACAUGCAAGUGCAGAACUUAAAAAUAUCAGUGAUGUGAUAACAAUGUUGAAAAGUCAAUUAGCAGAACGUCAAACCGAAAUUGACACUCAAAAAGUGAAAGUCAGUUCACUUAUGUAUGAAUUGGAUCAUAAAGGAUUUAAUUUCUCAGAGAACCAGAAGAAAUAUAAAGAAAUGGAAGCGGAAAUGUCAGCACUCAUGGAUAAAAACAGAAAACUAAAAGAAAGAGCUGAAGUUUUAACAUCUUUGACUGUUGAAAAAAUUUCACUUGAUUCUGCAAUUUUGCACGAAAGAGAAAUAAGAAAUCGUUAUGAACAAGAGCUGAUGAGACCGUUGAAUGUGCACAGAUGGACAAUUAUGCAGGCAAUGAACCCAGAAGGGUAUAAACAAAUCCAAAUGAUGCAAUACUUGAAAUCAAAAUUGGAAGCAGUUGAACGUCAAAAAGUGUCACUUUUUGAGAAGAAAAAGAAAAUUAUUGAUGAAAUCGAGAAAGUCAAAACACGUGCAAAGAACGCUCGGUUCAUUGAUGAAGAUGUUGCAUUUGAUAAUAUAAAGAAUUCUCUGAAAAAGAAAGAUGAAGAAAUGGAAGAAAUGAAGAAAGAAACAGAAACAGUGAAAGGUCAAGUUGAAACUCUCAAAUCAAUGAUUGCUGAACUCCGCGAUCGUCUUAAAGAAACAAAGACUAAAUCAUUGGCCAUCAAGCAGAAGAAUCAAUCCUUGAAUGGUCCACAGGUUCCUGUUUUGCCAAUCAACAUGAAACCAGUUGAAUUAACAAGAUUAGGUGGUGGAUUUUCACUUGAAACUCCAAGAAUUGCUCAAACAGCAAGACAAGUUGAUCUUGAUAUACAAGAAGAGGAAAGACCAAAAACUUCUCGUGUCAGAAAUAAUUCAGAAAAAAGAUUUAAGAAUAAACCGUUAACUGCCAGACAAAAAGCAGAUAUUGCUGAACAAAGAAUAAACUAUCCUUAUGAGACACAAAGUUCGGCUAGAAGAAGGUCUGAGAGCGAAACAAGAACUCUUGGAAGUGAAAACUCCAAUUUCGGAAGAAGAAAAGAUCCAGAAACAGAUAGUAUGACUGUUAUGUCAUCAAGAAGACAAAGUGAAUUAUCUUCUGGAAGAAAAUCCGAUUUUAAUGAUCAAAAUUACUCAAAAAGACAAAAAAGUGACAAUGUUCAAUUUUCUUUGUCAAUUAGUUCAUCAAGAAGAUCGAAUCUUGACGAGUCUCCUUUGUCUUCUAGAAGGUCAAACUUUGAUGAAGCCCCUUUGUCUGCAAGAAGACAAAAAUCUGGUUUGGAAGAUAGUCAAAAAAGUGACAAUAAUCAAUUUUCUAUUCCUAUCAAUUCUGCUCCAAGAUCUAUUUUGGAAGAUGUUACGUUGUCAUCUAGAAGACAAAAAUCUGGUUUAGAUGAUAACCAAAAGUCUCCAAAGAGUGAAAUUACGCCUCUCAACAUUCCAAGUUUUUCAUCAAGAAAAUCCGCUUUGGAAGAAACUCCUACAUCUGCUAGAAGACAGAAAACAACAUUAGAAGAGCCAACAACUGCGCGAAGGCAAAAUACAGACUUUUCAGCGAGAUCUAAAAAUAAUUCUUCAAUUCGAAAUAAAAAUGAAGAUCAAAAUGAAAAGAUCCGUCGUAAUUUGGAAAGUUUACCAUUUUCUUCAAGAAGAACUUCAUCGUCUUCACAAUCAGAACCAAAGAUUGAAGAAAAACCACAAACAGCAAGACGUGCUCCAAGUGAUUAUGAUCAUUUGAACCUCCCUAUGUCAUCAAGAAGACAAUCUGAGCUUGGAAGAAACACUGAAAUCGAUCCAAUAAGUAUUGAAACAACAGAUAGUCACUAUUCAACACCAAUGAACAGUUCGAGAAGACCUCCAUCUGCUAGAAGAAUUGAAAAGAACUCUGCUGCAGAACAUUUAUGGGCUCCACAAAUUGUACAUGAACAAAAGGAAAUUGAUGAAAUUCCGGAGUUAACAAUCACAUCAGCUAGGAGACAAAAGGCCGAAAAGCUGAAAAGAAGGCCAAUGAAGACAGCAAAACGACCAAAUUAA